UAAAUAAAAAGAAGGUACUACUAAUAUCUACGGUAUCCUGCUUUAUUUUCUGGAUUUAUCUAGAGACACUCAUAAAUUUCUUGCUUUAAGCUACUGCAACAACAUUGAAUUCGCUUGGUUGUUGCAAGAAAAAAUUAAAAGAAAUGGGUUUGAGUGGGAAGUUGAAGAGGGACAUUGACCAAGUUAACGAUGAUUUCUCCGAUUUUUCCCUUUCAUCGCCAGCCACUAAGAUUCGGCGUUUGGAUGCUGAUUUACCCCCCAUUAUAGAGGAAGAGGAGUCCUUUCCUGAGAAUCAUGAUAAAGCCAUCGUUCUCUUUAACCCACUUCUUCUUCAUAAUAAACAUCUCUUGCCUUCCCCUUCUACCCUCUCCCUCUCUCUCAAUUCUCACCUCAUCUGUGGCUUUAAGGACCAAUUCCUGCGAGGAAGUGACAUGAAAUCAGCAGAUUUUGAUGAUACUAAAACUGAAGAGAGCAAGAAGGCGACGGAAGAAUAUCUAGCAGUUGUGCCAUGGGUUCCUUCUCAGAUUCCUUCAGUAGAAAGUAUAGAUGGUGAGUCAAAGGAAGCUGAUGAAAUGGAUAUAGAAGAAAGCAAUAGCGACAACCUAAGGAUGGAGCAAGAGCGUCGAUAUGAAUUUGAUGGGUUGAAUUUAAGCGUGGCCAUCCAUCACUGGCCACAGCAGCAUUGCAUGAUCCCCCAGCCUCCUCAAAACCAGUUCACUCCAAUCACAUGGUCUCAAUGACUGGUUUUAGUGGGAGACUUGGAAUGUUGCCUUGGAAGUAUUUUUUGUUGUCUAAUCUUAAGCGUAGGAACAUGAACUGGGUAAAGCUCAAGUAAAGAGGUGAUGGGGGGCAAUAUAAUGGGACUGUGGGUUCCUUUUUGGCUUGGCUGCAAAUGCGUGUAGUUUUGAUGUUGGCAACUAGAAAUCAUUCCUUUACUAAAUGGAAGAAUUGGGUUGUAUCUUCUUCUCUGAUCUUAUGGUUCUGAUGUUUAAAUGGUAAUUGAUGCAAAUUUAGAUUUGUGCUUUUUGUUUUCA